AUGUCGAAACUACCAAGCGACUAUACUCAGGAGGAACUUAUUGAGAUGGGUCAGAGAGAAAUAGAUAAGCGAGGGGGCCUGGAAAGCGUUCCCUGCGAUAUUAUUUGUCUCGACGGGCAUCGAUUCCAUGUCAACUACGACGUGCCUCAACAUAUUACCGAUCAGAUUGAGGCACUAUUUUGGGGCGACAAAGAAGUAAGAUACGAGGAUAUUCCUGAAGACGUGAAGGCAUACGAAGAAAAGGAUUAUGAGAGUGAUGAGAAGGAUGAGAAUCUCAAAGAGUCAGAUAUGGACGCGAAAGAGGAAAAGCAACUAAGCAAAGAGGAUAGUAGAAAGAAAUAA